AUGCAAAUACGUGCUAUGCGAACUGGGGCUGGCUCCAUUGCGUACAUUUUCGUCCUCAGCAAAUGUGCCAAAACAGCAGCUGACAUUUUAAGUGCACUUCAAAUCGAUACUGACGCGGUGUUUGCGCGAUCUGUCCUGAUUGGCUCUAUUCUCUUCCAUUUUCCCUUGAGAUUUCUCAAGGAGUGGCUUGACGACGACGCUAAGAUCCCUCCCCAGAAGCGCCUUCCCUCCCACACUUCUAAUCGACAUCAUUUUCCCUCACACAUCCCCGACGAGCAGCCCUCGUCAGCCAUCAAGCGCCGCGUCCUCGUCACCACGGAUGAUGCCUCCGUCUUUGCGGAGGCCCAACGAAAGUACCCGAACUACGAGUUCAUCGGGGAUAGCCAGCGUGCAAAAUCGGCCGAACUGUCUUCACGCUAUACUCACGACGCUCUGGUCGCCGUCAUCACAGACGUGGUCGCCCUCUCGCACACCGACUACCUGGUCUGCACAUUCUCCUCACAGGUCAGUAGAAGCCCCUACCCCCCACAUACGCUCACAUAA